GCUGCCUUAUCAGCUAUCCCUGGCCUUCAGCCUGUCAGGCCUGCUGGAGCCAUGUACCUGAUGGUCCCUUGCAAUCAUGGUGAAGUCUAGAAGAGUGCAGGUGCUCCUGAUUCUGGUAGUUCUGUCCUUCAUUCUUAUCCACUUCCUACCCUGCAGCAACAAUGCCCAUAUGGAAGAAAAACCUUCUCCUGUCCACAUCCUCAUUCUCUCCUCCUGGCGGUCAGGAUCCUCCUUCACUGGACAACUUUUCAGCCAGCACCCCAAUGUCUUCUACCUGAUGGAGCCUGCAUGGCAUGUGUGGGUUAGGAUGUCCCAGAACAGUGCCAGUGUCUUACACAUGGCAGUGCGGGACUUAGUCAGGUCGGUCUUUCUGUGUGACAUGUCUGUGUUUGAUGCUUACAUGUCUAGCCAGAAGAAAAAGUCUGAUUUAUUUCAGUGGGAGACAAGCCGAGCCUUGUGCUCCCCACCUGCCUGUGACUCAUUCAGUCGCAGUGACAUAAUCACUGCAGGCAAUUGCAAAACCAUCUGUGGCAAGUACCCAUUCAGCAAGGUGGAGGAAGCUUGUAAAACCUAUAGCCACGUUGCCAUCAAGGAAGUUAGGUUCUUUGACCUGAAAGUUCUCUAUCCCCUUCUCACCGAUCCAUCCCUGAACCUCAAAAUCAUUCACUUGGUACGUGAUCCUCGGGCUGUGUUCAGGUCCAGAGAGAAUACAGCAGAAGAACUGAAACGCGACAGUAACAUUGUGGCCGGGUCUCAGGAGGCAAAGGGAGAAAUGGGGCCCUACAACACAAUGCAGGUAAUCUGCAAAAGCCACGUUGAGAUAUACAAGGCAGGAAGUCAGGCUGCUCCAAGCUUCCUGAAAGACCGGUACCUGCUGGUUCGCUAUGAAGACAUUGUCAGAGACCCCCUAGCAAGGGCUGCUGAGAUGUACAGGUUUGCAGAACUCCAUUUCACACCAGAGCUUCAGAAGUGGGUCCACAACAUCACCCAUGGAAAAGGUGAUGGAGUACAGGCCUUUGAUAUUGGGUCAAGAGAUGCACUGAGAGUAUCCCAGGCCUGGAGAAAAACUCUUCCCUUCCAGAAAAUAGAAAAAGUGCAAAAUGCGUGCAAAGAUGCAAUGGAUUUGCUGGGCUACCGGCUUGUUCAGUCUGAAGAAGAGCAGAAAAAUAUGUCUCUGGAUCUUUUGUUUGCUCAGAACUCCUCUGAGGAUCAAAUUUUGAAGGCAGAAAAGCUGGUCUCUGCAUCUACUUUCUGAAGGCUGCAGAGUGCUGAACUAUUCACUAGAGCCAAGGAGGACAGAGGUGCAGGCACAGAGGUGUAGGAGCAUGCGUGGAGGCAAGAACAACUGGUACAAGAACCCUGACUACAUUCAGGAGAGCUCUCAGCAGCACAGGGUCACUCUCCAAGACCCCUGGAGAUACAGCCACAAUGGAGGCUAAAGUAAUGCAAGUUUGUUUUCCAAAUUAAUUAUGUUUAGGUUGGAGCACACAGAAUGCCAAAGGAAUAGGACCAAAUGGCAGAAGCUCAAACUCCCCACAGACCACAGCUGAAGACUAGAGAAACCACAUGGAGCAAUUGCACUGCCAAGGGGGAGGAAAAAUAAAAGGAAGCUGAAUAAAGAAAACAUUGCUUGACAUGCUGCCAUGCAGGAUAUGUAGUGCCAGAAAAGAUGCAAGGAUGACCGGAUAUUUGAUUUCUGGAAAGACAUUGAGCUUUGGUUUGAUUUUGUGUUGGGUUUUUU